AGGCGGGGCCCGGACGUCACUCUCCUACAUUCUCUUUCCCUGUGUCAGUACUGGGAUCAUUUUUUUUUUCCUUCCUCUACUCCCUCCCUCUGCCUGCCCCUCCCUCCCUGUCUCCCUUCCCUCCCUCCCUCCCCUCUCGACUGGGUCGGUCCGCUGAGGUGCCGGAUCCCCCUCACGGCUGGGACGCGCCGAACUCCCAGCAGGAGUCCGCUCUUUGCAGCCUGGUCCCUCCCUUCCCCUUCCCUGCCCCCUUCCCCCACCCCGACGCGGGCUCCGCGCGGCAGCCAGAGGAACCCCGAGGCUGACCUGGGAUAGACUCAUACAGCCCAGGCUGGUUGGUCUUCAACUUGCAGCAACAUUUCUGCUUCAGCCUUCCAAGUGCUGCCAAGAUUUAUUCUUUACUGCUUUUGGUGCCAUUAAACUGAAAAUGUGACCCCCCUGUGUUCCUCCUUGCCUCAAGAUGGUCAAGCCUAGGAAUGAGCAAAGCAUCCCUACUAUCAGCCGGCCCCGGUCCCUGAGCCCGAGGAAUGGAGAACUCCUCAGCAGCUUCAGCCUCCUCUGAGGCAGGAAGCAGCCGCUCCCAGGAGAUCGAGGAGCUGGAGCGCUUCAUUGACAGCUACGUGCUGGAGUACCAGGUGCAGGGGCUGCUGACCGACAAGACAGAGGGUGACGGCGAGAGCCAGAGGACACAGUCCCAUAUCUCCCAGUGGACGGCUGACUGCAGAGAGCAGCUGGAUGGUAGCUGUUCCUUCUCCAGAGGGCGAGCCCCGCCACAGCAGAAUGGCAACAAGGACAACUCCCUGGACAUGCUGGGCACAGAUAUCUGGGCCGCCAAUACCUUUGAUUCCUUCAGUGGUGCCACCUGGGACCUGCAGCCUGAAAAGCUGGACUUCACCCAGUUCCAUCGGAAGGUCCGCCACACACCCAAGCAGCCCCUGCCACACAUCGACAGAGAAGGGUGUGGAAAGGGAAAGCUGGAAGAUGGAGAUGGUAUCAGCCUGAAUGACAUUGAGAAGGUCCUCCCGACCUGGCAGGGCUACCAUCCGAUGCCCCACGAAGCAGAGAUUGCACAUACCAAGAAGUUGUUCCGAAGGAGGAGAAAUGACCGAAGACGGCAGCAAAGACCUCCAGGAGGGAACAAGCCCCAACAGCAUGGUGACCAUCAGCCAGGCAGUGCCAAACACAACAGGGACCACCAGAAAUCUUACCAGGGGGGCUCAGGGCCCCACCCCUCAGGGAGGCCCACACACCAUGGCUACAGCCAGAACCGACGCUGGCAUCACGGCAACAUGAAACAUCCACCGGGAGACAAGGGAGAAGCGGGCAGCCACCGCAACGCCAAAGAGACCGUGACCGUUGAGAACCCCAAACUUGAAGACGGCCCAGGGGACACCGGACACAGUGGCCUUGAGCCCCCCUGCAGCCCUGACACUCUGACCCCAGCAGCUUCCGAGAGACCAACCCCUCAGCUGCCAGGGGGGCCGGAGGCUGAGAUAAAGCAUAAAGACACUGUUCUUCCUGAGCGUCUCAGGGAGCGGCCCAAAAUCACCCUGCUCCAGUCUUCCAAAGACAGGCUGAGGCGAAGGCUGAAGGAAAAGGACCGGGACAUCCCGAAUCCCACUGAGACUUCAGCUCCACUGAGGUGUGUUUUAUGUGUCCCCCAUGUCCCCCAGGACGAAGUGGCAGUAGAGACAAGCAGCCCUCAGCCAAGCAAGAUGGACAGGCUGAUGGAAAUCCUUAACAGCAUGAGAAAUAACAGCAGCGACGUGGAUGCCAAGCUCACCUCCUUCAUGGAGGAGGCGCAGAACUCCACCAACUCUGAGGAGAUGCUGGGGGAGAUCGUGCGGACCAUCUACCAGAAGGCCGUGUCAGACCGCAGCUUCGCCUUCACGGCCGCCAAGCUCUGCGACAAGAUGGCCCUCUUCAUGGUCGAGGGGACCAAGUUCCGGAGCCUGCUCCUCAACAUGCUCCAGAAGGACUUCACUGUGCGGGAGGAGCUGCAGCAACAGGAUGUGGAGCGCUGGCUGGGCUUCAUCACCUUCCUGUGUGAGGUGUUCGGCACCAUGCGGAGCAGCACUGGCGAGCCCUUCCGAGUGCUGGUGUGCCCCAUCUACACGUGCCUCCGGGAGCUCUUGCAGUCACAGGAUGUGAAGGAAGACGCAGUCCUCUGCUGUUCUAUGGAGCUACAAAGCACAGGCCGGCUGCUAGAGGAGCAGCUGCCAGAGAUGAUGACGGAGCUCCUAGCCAGCGCAAGAGAUAAGAUGCUGUGCCCCUCAGAGUCCAUGCUAACCCGGUCCCUGCUCCUGGAGGUCAUCGAGCUCCACGCCAACAGCUGGAACCCUCUGACGCCCCCCAUCACGCAGUACUACAACAGGACCAUCCAGAAACUGACAGCCUGACAGCCCAGCCGAGGGGGCCUGGCAGGCAGCCCGUGGGCAGCUGGGGCCCUAGUGCACAGGGCCAGAUGGACAGGCGCAAGGACAGGGGUGGCCCUGGCGGGAAAGAGAACUGAGCAGGGAGGCAGGUAGCCACGGUGGCCGGUCUGGAGCCAGCGGAGAAGGAGGAGAUUGGAUCCCUCAGAAGGGCUCCCCGUGCAGCCCCACCCCCACCCACCCCCAAGCCUGCGCAUGUGGCAGCUCACACCAAGGGAAAGCAUGUCUCUUUGUCCUGGUGGUCACCCGUCCUUGCUCUCUUCUCCUCGGCUCCAGUCCUCCCCACCCCCUACCUUGCAGCCCAUUCCCCCCUCGGCCGCCCCCCCCCUCCCCCAUAGAGCUUUAUGGGAGGAGUCUCUGCCUCUCCUCACUGUCUACAGCUGCCUCUCUGCCUCCCACACCUCUGGCCACCGCUUGGGUCAGCCAGGACUGCUGAAGGCUGAAAAAGUGGGUCGAGACAGCUCUCAUUGUUCCCACGUGCUGUCAGCCACGGUCGCCAACUGGCAGCAGGCAGCGGGCAGCAGAUGUCUGGGAGGACAAAGGCAGGCACGGUCCCCACCAGCCGCCCAUAAUUGAUGGCCUUUGUCAGCCCCAGCGGAGCUGGAGAGAGGCUUUUUUUUCUCCUCUAACCUCCGUGCUCCACCCUCCAACCCUCGGCCUCCAGCCCCAGGGCCCACUGCUCCCCCUGGCAGAGAAGGGAGAGCCAGGGCUCACAGCUCAGCGUGAACCCUUUUAUUUUGUUUUUCAAAACUCAGUGGCUUUGAAGUCUCUUUUCCUCAAUGAAAAUGCCCUAGAUUUUGAGAUCACAUCGUUCUCCCCUCAAGGAUCCCCUGAUUAGUGGGAGACUAAGACCUGCCCCCCCUCCCCAAAGAAUCUAGCCACUAGCAGCUUGCCAGUAGCCAGCUAGUAAUUGGAAACUUCUGCUCCAAUGGGGGUCCCCACUGGAAUCCUGUGUUCCUGGGCCCCUGUCCUGCAGUGCCUCUGUUCUGUCCACUGCUAGCUUCCAAAGGGCUGGACUGACUGCCUUAGGACCUGCCCUGGCUCCUGUUACUGGCAAACGGGGCCAGAAACGAGGCUGGCAAAUUACAACCAAAUGCAGGUCUUGUUCCGAGCAACUGUUGAGGGAAGAGCCCACUGCUGACUCCACAGAUCUUGGAGCCUCCUUCAUGAUCCCAUGCCGCAUCCCAGGCAAGACCCACAAGCCCUACCUCCAAGGCUGCUGGGGAGAGGGGGAAUCAUUGGGUCCUGACUGGGACGGUUUGGUAGGCAGCCAGAUAGACAAUGAAGUUCUUCAGGCUAGAAACAAAGUCCUGGUUUCUUGGGAGGCUCUGGUCCCAGGGAGCAACCACUUCUAUAAAGGCUAGGGAGGAGGAGGAGGCCAUCAGAGAGGCUGGUCUUACUGGGAUGACUGGUGGCUCCUCCCCCUCAUCUCUGGGGAGCUGGAACCCACACUUUGAUGACACCCCCCCCAGAACAUGUGUCCAAGCCCAUGCACUGGACCUGGGCAUACCUAGACCAUGGUGGAGGCUCUAAACCAGUGGUUCUCAACCUGUGGGUCACGACCCCUGUAGGGGACUCGAAUGACCCUUUCACAAGGGUCACACAUCAGAUAUCCUGUGUAUCCGAUAUUUACCUGACGAUUCAUAACGGUAGCAAAAAUUGACAAUUACGGAGUAGCAACAAAAAUAAUUUUGUGGUUGGGGUUCACCACUGCAUGAGGAAGAUUAAAGGGUUGCAGCAUCAGGGAGGUUGAGAACCACUGCUCUGUAGGCCUCCUGGUUGAAUUCAGGCUGUCUCGAGUAAGGAUGGUUUCUCCUAACUGUCCCAAGUCUAGAAGAGUAGAAAGCGAUCAGGGUGGAGGAGGGAGAGUUCCCGAGUUCUCUGUGGCUGUCUCCAACUCAAGUGUUCAGGUCCCAAGAUGGGGCCUCUGAAGAGGGCUGCUGAGAAAAAGGAAUAGGGGUCACGGCCACCCCAGCUUUGAUCUCUUUCCUUUUCUUCUCCUCCUUCCUAGCCUUCUUUUCUCUGCUGCUUGCUGCCUUGUCUCCCAUCCCAGCCCUUAGGCUGAGCCUGGAGCCCAGGGACACGAUAAGCCCCACAGGAGGUGUGGAGGGAAGAGCAGGGCAGGUGGAGUAGCCAGAGAAGACACCAGGGAGAUCCUGCUCCUGUGGACUUGGGCAGCCCAGGCUCACAGGCACCUGCUCCCUGCAUCCUCUGGGGCCAUGGUGUGCUUACAUGGGCUGCUUCCCAGGUGUGAGCGUGUGAGUGAGUGAGUGUGUGUGUGUGUGUGUGUGUGUGUGUGUAUGUGUGUGUGUGUGUGUGUGUGUGUGUGUGUGUGUGCAUUUGCAUCUGCUAAGAAUGAAGCAGGACCUUGAGGAAGGAAGAGACUGAUGGUAGGGACUCAAGCCACAGUAGAGAGGUCUCCUAGACUCCUCAUUGGGCUCACAGAGUAGGCUCCACACAGUGGCUUCCAAACACUGUGUAGAAGAGCUAGUGUCCCCUAAAGAGGCAGAGACCAUGGCUUUGUGGGCACCAUGGGCCUAAUUCAGCUCCUUCUUGAUGUCCUGUUGGAGGGUCUUGCUUCAAGAGCAUGCCCUCGUAGGGCCUUGAGGACCAGUGUGAAGAUGCAAGAUAUAAAUAUGUAUACAUAUAUAAAUAUAUUUUUAAUUACAUGUUGUGUCCCAGUGGCUCCAGACUUGCAGUUUGCCUAGCGUAUUCCAUUGUUUGAAACUACUUCCUGGUCCAUCCUGAUAUGACACUUUCCAGCUGUCUGUCUGUCUGUCUUAAACGCAGAUCUCUGCUACUUUUUCAAACAUGGAAAGAAACCCUUUUUAUUAUUAUCAUUAUUAUUAUUUUAUUUUUUAAAGAGACAACAGUAAAGCCUAAAAUCUAAAAGGCUGAGCACCUUCCUGUGGGGGAUAACUCAAGCAGGAAGUAGGGGACUUGCAGGCACCCACAGACCCUGACUCCCCGGGACAGAGCCUCUCCUGCUGCGGGAGGAACGGCCUAUCAAAGCCUGCCUCUGAUGAAUGAACAGGAGGCAAAGCCUCUCUCAAACUUGUGUUGUCCUGUCUGGCCAUGAUGCUCUGAUAUUGAGCCUUUUUAGGCUCCGCCCACCUGUCAGGACAAGUUGGUCCUUGUUUUCCACUCAAGUGGCCUGCUGGUCACUGCCCUCCUCAUGAACUGGCCGUAUUGCCUAAGCUCUGGGACCACAGCUCCUGUCGGGCUCUUGAACUCCCCUGGACAACCAACCCCUUCCACCAACCAUGGGGAACCUCUUCCCCCACCCCCAAAAAAACCAUCUUCACCUGGGCAUCGUUCCUCAUCCAGUCUGUAAACCUUUACAGUUUGCGGAUCAUCUUGUCCAUUUGUGUACAUGUAAAUGUUGACCCAAUUGGUAUUUAUUCUAAUUUUUAUUGUAUUUUAUUUUAUUCUGUCUGAGGGUGGGGGAUGGGAAGUACACCACUGGUGGCAACCAGGGCAGAGCUGCAGGGAUGCAGCCCAGGAAGCAAGAGAAGCACCUCCCUGGGGCCACUCUAGAUGGCAGCCUGUCAGUACCCACACCCUGGGCUGUUAUCUGGAAUUGGAAGCCGGACAGUGUUCGUCAUCCCAUACACACAGGCCUGCCCGUGGCAUGAUGUCCCUCAGCUGCCUGGCACCAUGUUGGGAAACCUCUGACUGGCUCUUCGAGGAGGUGGGUUGGAGAGACUAGAAUUCUCCUCUGCUCAGGGCACUGGCCCCAGAAGAUCUAUCUGGAGCCUCACUGAGCCAGCUGGGAGCCUGACAACAGGACCUACCUCCCUGGAGCAGGGUCUGGAGAUUGCCGCCAAAGCUAUGGGCCAACCCUGCUCGCGCCGACCCCUUCCAUCUACCCGUAUAUCCUGCUUCCCAGCUGAACCCAAACUACAAGUGGGUUUAAAAAAAAUAAAUAAACGAUACCAAAAAAAAAAAAAAAA